AUGGUAAAAGCAUAUUUAAAGUUUGUUCAAGAUAAAGUUUUUGGGUUAAUAUCAACUAGUAAUUCUAUAUUGGAUGGUAGUGGUAAAUUAGCAAUUACAGGAUGUGGUGAACGUAUAAGUAUUUGGGAUUUACGUAAACAAGUGUUAAAUCAAUCAUUAUAUGAAGAAGAUAUAAAAGCAGAAGUUACAAAUGUAUGUUUAAGUAAGGAUGGUGCAUUAUUAGCAUCUGGCUAUUCAGAUGGGUCAAUUAGAAUUUGGUCAAUGUCAGAUUACCAAUUACAAGCAGUUUUCAAUGGACAUAGAGGAUCGGUUACAACAAUGACAUUCAAUCGUUUAGGUAAUAUUUUAGUAUCUGGAAGUAAAGAUACAGAAGUGAUAGUAUGGGAUAUUAUAACGGAAUCAGGUCUAUUCCGUUUACGUGGUCAUCGUGAUCAAAUUACCUCUGUUAAAUUAUUAGAACGUUCAAAUCAUUUAAUUACAAGUUCAAAAGAUGGAUUUAUAAAGAUUUGGGAUACCGAAACUCAACAUUGUAUUCAAACAAUUGUUGGACAUCGUAAUCCAAUUUGGGGUAUCGAUGUGAACCCCGAUGAAACUCGUUUAUGUUCAUGUACAAGUGAUAAUCAAAUUCGUUUUUGGCGUAUACCAUCAAAUGAAAGACAAAGAGAGGAUGGAAGUGGUAUUGAACCAAAAUUCAUUGUAAAUACACCAAUCAAUAGUGCAGUUAUAAUUCCAGAUGAAAUUAAUGAAGAUGGUAGUAAAAAAGAAAAUAGUAACAAUAGUAAUAAUAAUGAUAUAGAUGAUUUAGAAAUUAUUUCAGAAGAAGAAUUUGCAAAAUAUUAUGGUUCAAUAACUGUUAAAGCAGAAUCUGUAUCUGGUGUACGUUUUGAUCCAACAAAUAAAAUUUUAGCAGUCCAAUCAACUGGUAAAUUUGUUGAUCUUUUUAAAAUUACACAUUAUGAUACAAUGAAACUUGAAGAGAUUUCAAUAGUUGAAGAGAUGAGACAUCGUCAAACUAUUAAAACCUCAUCAAAGGUUAGAUUCUUUUCAUUUGGUAAUGAUAUUAAACAUUGGAAUAAAUUUGUAAUAACUUUAGCAGGUAAUUCAUUGGAAGCUUAUGAAAUUAAAGAAAAGGAACAAGGUGGUGGAGCAUUUGAAGUUUCAUCAACAUUGGAUCAAGCAGGUCAUCGUUCUGAUAUUCGUUCAUUAUCUUUAUCAUCAAAUGAUCAAAUGUUGGUUUCAACAAGUUCAGAAUCAGUUAAAGUUUGGAAUAUGAAAUCAUUAUCAUGCAUUCGUUCAAUUGCAUGUGAUUAUGGUUUGUGUACUGUAUUUGCACCAGGUAAUUUACAUGUUAUCGUUGGUACUAAAACUGGAACAAUUGAAGUGUUUGAAUUGGCAUCGGCAGCACGUGUUGCCUCGAUUAAAGCUCAUGAAGGUUCAGUUUGGUCAUUGGUUUUGACACCUGAUCUUCGUGGUGUAACAAGUGGUGGUGCAGAUAAGUUGGUUAAAUUUUGGGAUUUUGAAUUAAUUGCAAGUCAAGAGAAUUCAAAACAUAAGGUUCUCAAUCUUUCACUCACAAAAACACUUAAAGUAGAAUCCGAUGUUUUAGCCUUGAAAUAUAGUGCCGAUAAUAAAUUUUUAGCAGUUUCAUUAUUAGAUAAUACCGUUAAGAUUUUCUACACCGAUACAGUUAAAUUCCAUCUUUCAUUAUAUGGUCAUAAGUUACCAGUGAUGUGUUUGGAUAUCAGUGACGAUAGUACAUUGAUUAUUACAGGUUCAGCCGAUAAAAACAUUAAAAUCUGGGGUUUAGAUUAUGGUGAUUGUCAUAAAUCAUUCUUUGCUCAUGACGAUUCAAUCAUGCAAGUUUCAUUCAUACCAUCAACUCAUCAUUUCAUAUCAGCAAGUAAAGAUAAACGUAUAAAGUAUUGGGAUGCCGAUAAAUUUGAACAUAUUCAAACCAUUGAAGCUCAUCAUGGUGAAGUUUGGUCACUUGCAAUGGGAUCGGUUGGUGAUUUCUUUAUAAGUGGUAGUCAUGAUCGUUCAAUUAGAAUUUUCAAUCAAACUGAAACUCCAAUUUUCGUUGAAUCAGAUCGUCAAAGAGAAAUGGAACAAACUUGGGAAGCCACAUUAGAGGAUGACACUCGUAUGCGUACAAAAGAAAUGUUGGAAGAGAAUGCAGCAGCUGGUAAACAAACUCUCGAAACCAUUAUGGCUGGUGAAGAUAUUUUAGAUGCAAUUGAACUUUGCGUUCAAGAGAAAUUCAAAAUUGAUGAAUAUGAAAAACUAUUGAAAACCACUAAAAAUCAAGAUGAAAUCCCACUCUAUCAACCAAACAUUAUCAUGUUGGGUCUCUCUCCAUCUGAAUACCUUUGGAAUAGAAUCAACAGAAUUAGACCAAGUGAUUUAGAAGAAGCCCUUAGAGUAUUACCCUUCUCUGUAAUGAGAACACUUUUCGAAUAUUUCAAUCUAUGGGUCGAUCAAUCUGGAAAGAGUGUUGAAUUCAUUUUCAAAUGUUCUUUCUUUUUAAUUCAAACUCAUCAAAAUCAAUUAUCAGUUUCAACAGAAUUCAUACCAAUUUUACAACAUUUAAAUACAUCAAUUAAAAAUCGUUUACAAAAAGAAAGAUUCACAUUAGGUUUUAAUAGAUCUGCAUUAUCAUUUGUUAAACGUGAAAUUGAAAUUAAUCAACAAUAUAAAUUUUUUGAUUCUGAUUUAUAUUUAAAUAAAAAUAAUAAAAAUAAUAAAGAUAAAGAUAGUAAUAAUAAUAAGAAAGAUAAUAAGAAAGAUAAUAAGAAAGAUAAUGAAAAAUCAUUAAAAAGAAAUAGAAAAUAA